UGCACUUCCAUGGCAGCCAAUAAAGAAAAGAUAUCUACAAUAUAAUUGCAAGAAUGAAUAUGCACAACCCAACAAAAAACUAAAGUAGCAUAGGAAGUUACUGUUUACUCAAAUAAUUGUGUUUUUAUAACAACUAUACCAUGUAAAUUAUUCUAUACUAUAAGUGGGUGGUGUUUUCUGUUCCUGAUAUUUUUUUGGGGCUCUCUAUUUCUCAGAGAAAUUCUCAAUCUUUAGUCUUAAGGGUUCUUCAAUCAGGCAGAAUCAACUGGAUUUUCUUGAUUUCAGCUUGUGGAUUUUGUGGGUUCAAUGAAAAGGUGAUUCUUUUGAGUUUUGGAGUGAUUGCUGAAGUUCAAGUUUUACCUUUGUGCCAAUACAAGAAACCCAGGGGCUUUUUGAUAUGUAAAUCAGGACUGUAUCAGUAGCAACAGCAGGGCAGUUUGUCGGCCAGCAGCAGGGGAUCCUAUCAGUGUGAUUUUGGAUUUUUUCAAGAUUUCUAUGCGAUAAUGGAGAAACAGAGUAGUUUUCGGAGUCCAAAAAUGGAAAAACAACAAAGUUUUCGCAACGGCGUAAUGGAGAAGCAGAAAAGCUUUAGGGGUUUAAUAGAAAAGCAGAAGAGUUUUAGGAUAGCAAUGGAGAGACAGAUAAGUUUUGGUGGAGAGAGGAAAAGGAGCAAGGAUUCGCCUGGGAAACGUGGGGAUUCACCCCUUCAUCUCGCUGCACGAGCUGGGAAUUUGGGGAAGGUGAGAGAAAUUUUUCAGAAGUUUGAGAAUAUCAAUAAUGGAAUAAAAGAUUUGCUGUCAAAUAAGAAUCAAGAGGGUGAGACUCCAUUAUAUAUCGCAGCAGAGAAUGGACAUGCUUUGAUCGUUGGAGAGUUCUUAAGACAUUCUGAUGUUGAAACUGCCUCUAUUGUAGCCAAUAAUGGCUACGAUCCAUACCAUGUGGCUGCUAAGCAGGGUCAUAUUGAUGUGCUCAAGGAACUCUCGCGUUUCUUCCCAAACCUGGUCAUGACUACAGAUUCAUCGAAUUCGACUGCAUUGCAUACAGCUGCUGCUCAGGGUCACAUCGAUGUGGUAAAUCUGCUUCUGGAUACAGAUUCCAACCUCGCCAAGAUUGCAAAAAAUAAUGGCAAGACUGUGCUUCAUACAGCUGCAAGAAUGGGCCACUUGGAAGCUCUUAAAUCACUGUUAAACAAGGAUCCUACUAUAGGCUUUUGGACUGAUAGAAAAGGACAAACAGCACUGCACAUGGCUGUCAAGGGACAAAAUGUUGAGAUCGUGACAGAGUUAAUAAAACCUGAUCCCUCUGUACUGGGAUUGGAAGAUAAUAAGGGAAAUACUGCACUACAUAUAGCAACAAAGAAGGGCCGAACUCAGAUUGUACAAUGUCUAUUAACUGCUGAGGGUAUUGAUGUCAAUGCGACUAAUAGUGCCGGGGAGACACCUCUUGAUAUUGCUGAGAAGUCUGGAUCUCCAGAAAUUGCAGCCAUUUUAAGGGAAGCCGGAGCUAUCCAUUCUAAAGAUCAUGGGAAACCCCAAAGUGCUGCAAAACAACUCAAGCAGACUGUUAGUGAUAUAAAGCAUGACGUCCAGUCCCAACUCCAACAGAGCCGACAGACCGGCUUCCGGGUGCGGAAAAUUGCAAAGAAAGUGAAGAAGCUUCACAUUGAGGGCCUUAAUAAUGCCAUCAAUUCUGCUACUGUCGUCGCGGUCCUUAUUGCUACUGUUGCUUUUGCUGCAAUAUUCACUGUACCUGGUCAAUAUGUCGAGGAGAAAACAAAAGGGUAUUCUUUGGGGCAAGCCCACAUAGCGAAAAGUGCAGCUUUCAUAAUUUUCUUUCUAUUUGAUAGCUUUGCUUUAUUCAUCUCACUAGCUGUUGUCGUCGUACAGACAUCAGUGGUUGUGAUUGAACAAAAGGCAAAGAAACAACUCAUGUUUGUGAUUAACAAGCUAAUGUGGUCGGCUUGCCUGUUCAUUUCAAUUGCUUUUAUUUCUCUUGCCUAUAUCGUAGUUGGACCUCAUGAAAGGUGGCUUGCCAUAUAUGCAACAGCUAUUGGAAGUACAAUAAUGCUGACUACAAUUGGCUCGAUGUGCUACUGUGUAGUUCGGCAUAGGCUGGAAGAUUCAAGGAUGAGGAACUUAAGGAAAAACAGUACUCUCUCGCGUUCGUUUUCAAUGUCCAUGGUAUCAGAUCCUGAGAUGUACAGUGAACGACACAAGAGAAUGUAUGCUGUUUAG